GUCAUUGCCAGAGUUGCUGGUGCACCACACCUCGUUCUUCGUGAGCUGAAUACUUGGUCCACCCAUCGCGGUUGCCGCCGUCGAGAGAGUCCUCCUGCGUUCCCACCGACUCGUCCGCUCGGUACCACGACGUCAUGACCCGAGCGCAGCGGGACCCGACGUCCUUCUUCGAUGCGGCGCCGUUGUCCCCGUCCGAGUGUCAGAUGCUCAGUGAUAUUGGGAAAGCGUCCUUCUCCAAACUUCUUGAAACAACACGAUUCAUCCGACGCCUUGCCGAGCAAGAGAUGGGUGGAGACAAGCACACGUACGGUUCCACGAUCAGCAUCGCGGGGAGCUUGGAAGAAAUCGCUCACUUUUGCGUACGACUCGUGUCGUCUGGGGACUCCCCUGCACACCGCAAAAUUGCAGCUGAACUGUAUUGCCUCGAAUCUACGGCACGGCUUCAUGCGAUUGAAAUGCCCACUGCGUUGUCGCCGUUCCAUUACACAGGAUUGCGAUGGAGUCACAUCAAGUCCCCCAUGCGGAUGCUGCUGCGGGAUCGGGACUUUUGCACCAUUGAGUACCUGGACGAGUACAUCGACGAGAACGGCAAGCGAGGUUUUGCCAUGUGUUCCCACUCUGUUCCGCAUGCAUCAUGCCCUCCUCUUACCCACACGAACAACUAUGUCCGCGCGACUGUCCACCAUUCUGGGUAUGUCGUCACGGAGACUGAUAUUCCGAGCGUCCUCCGCGUGACAAUCUACUUUGACUACGGUGCGCCGGGAAAGAUGGCGCAAACUAAGCUGUUGCAGUCUUUGACGAAGCGCCGCAUCCGAAGAAUGGAAGAGAUUCACACUUUGAUCGGGAGCGGUUCCACGGUGAACCAUCAAUCCGUUCUCCAGGACAAUGACACAUGCGCGAUCUGCAGUCGCGGCUUCAAAGGUGGCAUGGCGCUCUUCCAGCGCAAGGUCGUGUGCCGAAUGUGCGAGCAGAUCGUGUGCAAGCGAUGCUCCAGCGAAGACAAACCUGGCGGGUACACCCGCGGCAGUGAACGCGUGUGUCACUCGUGCCUCCGAGACGUGCAUCCAGCGUUCGGUGGCGGUCGGUUUGCCCCGUAUGAAGGAAGUAGUGCCAUGUCCGCCAUCCACAGCGUCAGCAAUCAGAGCUAUUCGCAUUACGAUGGAUUGGAUUCCCAGCGCCACGCGAAUCAUCAUCAAUCAAACAUUCCCAACGAACAUGCCGCCGCGCAGCCGCUGUCGGCGAAAGGAUCGCUGAAUUUCAAUCGAUUCCAUUUUCCCGCCGCUGCUAAACCCACCUCCACUUUGACCACCAUGUCGUCGUAUGACGAGUACAGCCGAGGGAGCCGCACCAUGAGCUUCGACCGACGCGACAGCCGCGUACAAACACCGAGCUCUGAACACCGCUCAAUCUUUCGCCCACCGGAACGCAACUUGUCGGUGGAAAAUGUCUUAGAUCCACACCAACGUACAACAACCCCUCGGCGUCUUACUUCUGAUGCCGUGGGAGGAUAUUUGACACCCCGACGAAGGGAGAAGAACCCUGCCCAUGGGGUGUUCACUCCGAAACCGUCCUUGUCGACGACCGCAACUGGCUCUGCUACCUUCUCGGCGAUCCAAUCAGCACGCCCAAUACCCCAAGUGGUGUCAUUUGGAGAAUCUGCCGCUGCAGCUGCUGGAAAUCGAAACCACAAGAGCGAUUCUUUGUGCGACUUGUCCUACUUGAACGAAGUUAUGGUACGGGGACCAGGUGCAUCAUCGCCUUUGAAUACGUCCACAUCGGCCAAGUCCCGCAAGUCCAACCGGUCGUCGAACCAAUCGGGGCAUUCCACCGUUUCUGCAAAGUCGAAUUUGUCGGCGGCACACUCGGACGUCCCGCCGCCGCAACCACCUCGACAACUUUCCGACUUGUCGUAUUUGUCCAACUAUAAACAGUAAUUUAACGCGACCCUUCGCCGGAAUGUGCUGCAUGUUCCCGACGAUUUCCUUGGAAAUCGUCGACCAAACGUGCCGUCGCAGCAAGGGCGCGCCCUGUCG